CUAUAUAAUAUGUUAAGAAUAUCGUCAUUCAGCUGGUUUUUAAUAAUGGGAGCAUUCGAUAAAUGCUUAACAGAUAAUGCAGGCGUAACGUUUACCUUUAAAGAAUAUCAGUAUAAGGAUUCACCUAAAAAUGAAAUGGUAUUUCACGAAUACGAAUCAGCGUGUGAACAGAGCAGCGCGUGCAACCAAUUGAGUGGGUUGACUAGGACACGAUGUGUGAGAGAAUGUGUGUCUCCAUCUUGUUACAGAGAACUUUAUUUAUUGGACCCGCUCGAGGAAGGUGAAAUAGACGUCAGACUGAAUUCUUUCAAAGGUUGUUUUAUUCAAAGAAGUGGUCGGACGAGAAAUUGAUUUCCCUCAAGUGUGAUAUCGUCAUUUAUUUUUUGCGUUAAAAAGAUACACAAAAUACGCAAAAAAAUUAUGUUUGUGUUGCUUCUACUGACAACAACUGCAUGUAGCGAAAAUGGAUUUGUUCAGGUUAUAUUGACAAGAUAUCAUGGAAAACCCCUAUUUUAGCAUACUUGCAAUUUGCUUUUUGCAAUA